GAGGGGGGCGCCGGCGGCGGGGGCUAACAAAGGGCGAGGCGAGCGCUGGGGCUGGGACAGCGCGGGGCGGGCAGCCGGCGGCGGCCCCACCACCAUGCCGCGGGUUGUCCCCGACCAGCGGAGCAAGUUCGAGAAUGAGGAGUUCUUUAGGAAGCUGAGCCGCGAGUGCGAGAUAAAAUACACCGGCUUCAGGGACCGGCCCCACGAGGAGAGGCAGGCCCGCUUCCAGAACGCCUGCCGCGACGGCCGCUCCGAGAUCGCUUUUGUGGCCACAGGAACCAAUCUGUCUCUCCAGUUUUUUCCGGCCAGCUGGCAGGGGGAGCAGCGACAGACACCGACCCGGGAAUAUGUCGACUUUGAAAGAGAAGGAGGCAAGGUGUACUUGAAGGCACCUAUGAUUCUCAACGGUGUCUGUGUCAUCUGGAAAGGCUGGAUAGAUCUACAGAGACUGGAUGGUAUGGGCUGCCUGGAAUUUGAUGAAGAGAGGGCACAGUUUGCAGAAAGCAGCUCUCCUGUCCCAGGCUGUUUCAGUAGUGGCUGCUUUGCAGCCUGGAUGACAUCCACUGCAGUGCUGAAGCAGGAGGAUGCUUUGGCACAACAAGCCUUUGAAGAAGCUCGGCGGAGAACUCGCGAGUUCGAGGAUAGAGACAGGUCUCAUCGGGAGGAAAUGGAGGUGAGGGUUUCACAGCUGCUGUCAGUAACUGGCAAGAAGACAGCAAGACCCUAGCCCGGGCUCCACCCUGGGCAGCGGCGACGACCUGAAGCUCCGUUAGUCCCCAGCAGCAGGCAGUACCACGGCUCUGCACUCGUGCAUUGCUUCUACUUGGCAAAGGAUUGAAUAAAAGAAGACCAGAAACUGUGAUAACUGGGUAUAUUAUGGUCUGUUUCCUGACCCAACCACCCUGAGCUGCCAUGGUUUGCACUAUGUUUAUGUUAUGAUACCUGCAUUUCCCAUUUGGAAGCAUGUAGCCAGUGGCAAUUGGAAAGUUUGGGGGUUGUUUUCUUUUGUUUUUUUGGGGUGGUUUUUCUUUUUUCCUAUGCAAACUUAUUUUUGUUGGCACUAUUUUAGUGAAAUGGAAACUUAUGCAGCUAUAAAACCAUUUGGUUUGUUUUGGUUAUUUUUUUUUUUCCUCAACUGUAAUAAAAAUUGUCACUUAAAAAUAGGUCAAGAUAUGACAGA